CUUGUGCACAGCCAAGUUUUCACCGGCCACGGACUUCACCUGGGUCAGCAGUUCCCGACGAGGCUGCAGCAUGUCGACUAUAACACCUUCCCCAGAGUGAACAUAAUGGAGAGGUUCUGGCGAACUUCUGGCUCUUUGGUCACACCCAGGAGCAGGUCUCCAGUUCGGUACAAGUCGACCGUGGGUGCCAUGCUUGCCUCCGAGCUGGGCUGGAAAUUCUAUGAUGCAGACGACUUCCACCCAGAGGAGAACCGAGUGAAGAUGGGGAAGGGGAUGCCACUGACUGACCAGGACAGGAGGCCAUGGCUCUGCAACUUGCAUGACAUUUUGCUAAGAGAUACAGCAUCAGGACAGCGUGUAGUUCUAGCCUGCUCAGCCCUGAAGAAAAUGUACAGAGACAUCCUAAUAAGAGGAGAAGACAGUGUCCCUCCAAAGUGCGGGGAGUCAAAGGAAGGAAAGUUGGCCAAGGUGCAGCUCUUGGUGGUGCAUCUCAGUGGCUCUUUCAAGGUCAUCUCUGAACGCUUAUGCAAAAGACAAGGACAUUUCAUGCCUCCUGAGUUGCUGCAGUCCCAGUUCGAUACUCUGGAGCCCCCAACAGCUCCAGAAAACUUCAUCCAAGUCAGUGUGGACAAAAAACUUUCAGAGGUCAUUACUACAGUUAUGGAAACGCUGAAAAUGAAGUAAGAACUGUUCCCUGUGGAUGGACUAGAACAGAAAUGGGCAUAAAUCUCUGUCCCACUCCAAAUCUUGCUGGAGUCUCCUUGCCCAGGCUGUAUUCUAAAUUUAUGAAAUGGGCAAACCACAGUGUGUUAAGAUACAGUUGCUUAACUGCUUCUGUAGGAAUUUGUGAUGUACUUGGGCAUUAUGAGAGGAGGGAAGGAAAUUGAAAAGUCAAGCUAAAAUUGAAGCUGAAAUGCAUCUGUGAUACAAUCAAAUGAUUACAGGAAAUUCAUAAUCCAAGCUGGAAAUCGUUGCCUUGUUUAGAACAUUCUCUUUCGUGACUGUAUGUUUAUAAUAAAUGAAACUUGGCUGUCCUUGGCUUCUCCUAGAAGUUGAUCUCAGAAGCAAGAAUGUGCAGGUUCCGGCCACCUACCCGCAAGUCAUUUCACACCACACUCUGCUAACCUCUCUGUCCCCAAGCUAUGACUCACAGCAGCGGCUCUCAAGCUGAGGUCCCAAAAGCCAUUCACAGCAGAACAAGCAAGCUUUGUCCAGUUCUCCCAACAACCUAAGGCGGAUAUGUCCAUUGACAGCAAAACCAAAUUUCUUGCCUUUUGGCUAAAAUUAUGUUAACUUGGAGUCAACACUGUCUCUCCUGAGCAGCUCUGUCAUGUGUGUGGGUAAAAUUUAAACAGAAAAUUACAUAACUGCUAGUUA